UAUCUGUCAAAUAAAAUUAAUGGUGUCAUUUCGAUGCACGUUUCCAAAUAUACUUGUAUGACAUCACAAUCCUUACCAGAACGCAAAGGUUAGCUUUUCACGUGCAGAACACAUUCAAUAGUCUAAACAACGUACUUACAGAUAAUUCAUAAUUGCAUCGGCCCCACUCCAGACACACGCACACACACACGCACACACAUGCACACACACACACACACACACACACACACACACACACUACUAUCUAUUUAUUUUGACUAAUGCCUUGUGCUAAUUCAAAAUUAGAGAUUAAUGAGCAUGAUUGUUCUUGCCACCUAUAUAGAAGAACCACAUAGAAUACCCGUCCCCAUUAUCAGAUACUACCACCACAAAACCUGGCCCAGACAAUACAGGCCUGCAUGUACCUUAUAAAUUAAGCCUCCCUCAAAGUCGGUCAGAUUUAGUUUACACAAGUACACAGCCAUGCACAAGCUAAGUUGAAGUAUUACAGCAGCCAAUAUCAAGUCUAAGAUAAGUUCUAUACUUUAUGUCAGCAUUACCUCAAAUGUGAAUAUAGCUUACAAUCAGCAUGGCCCCAAGUGAGUAGCUUACAAUAAUUAUUGAGUAUACUAGUCGUUCUGAAUGCAACAGAUGAGUGGGGAGGGUUAGUGCACCGUUAAAGACUCUUUAACCCAUCAUUCUCGACUCUCAAGGUCGGGCAUCUGAUUGCUUUUUUUCUACCAGUAUGGUUUUGUGCUGUUUGUUCUUUUGUUUCCUUUUUUUUUCUAUAGUCCCUUAACUAUUACUGAAGAGCUUCCCAAAAUAAUGUAGACACACUGUGAUAGACUAUAUGCAAAAUAACCUAGAUACAGAUUGGAUUGCAUUUAUAACUUUGAGCUGUUUCUAAGUUUUAGGCUGAGUCAGUAAUUAUGUGUCGGAAAGCUCGAUCCCACCCCCUAUACUUCUGUAUAUACCAUUCUCAAACACACAACGUGCUAUGCACGGGACUGGUUCGCCAGUCGGGUUGACGGUUCACAGUUGUCUAACCCAGUGGCAACAAGCUCUUUUCGAAGAGUGGGGAAAUCUUGCAUAUAAGAGCUGGCCGGAGCAUUUUUAAAUUUAAUUAGGUACAAAGUUAUGAUGUAAUCCUUUCUGGUAUAUUAAUAAGUCACUCCAAUCGUAGCAGCAUUCACAUUUAGUAAUAUACACCCUGCAUGGUAUUUAAUCAUCUCCAAGCUGUUUCACAACUUACAAUCCACACUGUACUAAGCCAUUUUAUAGGAACGUUUAAACACACAAUACCCUCUAAGAACGAGAUGGGUCCCCCACUUGUACGGGGGACCCAUCUUGUGGUCUCCCGAUCAAGUCACACACACACACACACACACACACACACACACACACACACACACACACACACACACACACACACACACACAGUGAAAUUGUAUAAUUGUAGUGAUUUUGUCAGUGGAUAUUUAGAAUGUAUUGCGGCCAGAAUGGGGUCAGAGUUCAGAUGUGGGUGGUGUGAGGAUAGUUGUGAGGUGAUGCAAGAGUGCUCCAACAAUUUUACUGAGGGGGGAAAUCCUCCUCCCCCUGUCAUCAACUCAUUCACUCCAAUGUCAGGACCAGUUGAGGGUGGCACUGCAAUCACUGUGAUGGGCAUUGAAUUUGGAGGGACCUUUGCCGACAUUCGGAAUUCUGCCCUAACAUUAGGAGGUGUGGCCUGCACUCCCCUCAACAUUAGUUAUAUACCAUGGCACCAGUUUGUCUGUGAGACCACUAACUUCAUAACUGGAGGACUCAAAGAGAUUUCUCUGACCAUUGGUUCUAGAGUAGCCAUCGUAAGCGCCGGCUCCUUCAUUGCAGUGGAUUCUAUCGUCAACAGUGUUACUCCGACCUUUGGACCUAUGACCGGGGGAACCACAGUGGCUGUGAUAGGAACUGGGCUGGACGUAGGCAACCAGGAGGAUACUGGAGUCUCUCUAGAGGUCAGCGGGUCAAGUUACAUCUGCAGCAUACUAUCUAUCCAGUCUGAAGAGAUUCGUUGCAAGACCUCAGCAGCAAACCUCGCCUCCGACGCAUUAGUGGUAGUGGUAACAAUUGAUGCUGCCAGAGUCAGCAAUCCAAGAGUAGUCUUCAAUUAUCAAAACAAUCCCAAUGUGACUGCCAUGUCUCCUAGUAACACCAUACCCAGUGUGGCAUCAUGCAUACUUAACUUCACUGGAGUGCACUUGGACGUGGUACAACAGCCUGUGUGUUGGAGGUCUACCAGCCAAUGGGGGCUCCUCUGAGGAGCAACUGCAGUGUUGUGGACAAUACAACCAUCACAUGCUUGACUCCUAGUCUGACAACAACCUCACUGAUCCCAUUGGACUAUGCCCUGAUGUCUGAUGGUGUUCCACUCAUUACACAAGCAUGCCUCCCUAUCAGCGUCCAAUCAGAUCCAUCUAACUUUAGACUAGAGAGUUCUCAAGAGGUCAUCAGUGGCACAGAGAAGACCCUCAUAGGCAUUGCGGUACAAUAGUGCUAUAGCCAGCAUAGUGACCCUAUUGUUACCGUAUGAUCUCGACUCAGUGGAGACCAGUGAGAUACGAGUGAUAGUAUAGGAGGGGAGGAGUGUAUCAAGGCACCUGGCAGCUUGAGAGGGAGUAAAGUCAUCUGUACCGCCCCCUUGCAGCCCCCGGGAGGGGAUAACCCAGCCACCAUACAAGUGAAAAUUGGGAGCAACAUUGCUCAAAUAUUAGACCAGCGACUGACUUACACAGUUUCUGCGGCUGGACUUCCACUGGAGAUCAUCAUCCCGAGUGUUUUUGGAGGGGUUGUUAUAGUCAUAUGUGUGCUGAUGAUUGUGUUCGUCUGUUUCUAUCUGAACUCUCGGAGGAAGACUGUGUCAAUUGCUAUGCAUGAACAUAUCUUGCAAUUGGGUAUUGUGUCUAAUAGGUAGUUUAUACUUAUAGUCUAUAUAGCUGUUCAAUCAUCAAAAUUGCAUCUUUAUACA